UAACUAACCAGCAGCAUAAAAAAAACAUGCUCACACUCAAGUCGGUUUUGUACUGAGAGCAGGAACCGACAUGGAAGAGCUCGAUUUGCUGCUGGAGGAGCUGGCCUUAAAUUCAGCAGGUUCAGACGGUGUCAAUGAAAACAAAGCAAAUGAUGGACAGGCACCAGGUGGAGUUUCUGCUGGACUUACCCAAAAAGGAAAAAGCUCAGUCUGCGCAAAUGUCUACAGUGAUCUUCCAGCUCCUGUGGCAGUUUCCUCAGGUGCCGAUUCUCCAACUCAGGAGCUAGAAUUCAUCCUGCGAGACCUGAUGGGUUUAGCAGAAGGGGAUCACUCAACAGCCCCACCACCACUUACACAAAAGCAGUCGGUGAAAAAGAAAACAGAAGGUGAGCAACAGAACAAGGAGGGCAGCAGCAGCAGCCCAGCAGGCUCAGAACCAACGACCUCGACCCAGAAAAAGAAAACAGAUACUAUAGAUGACCUGCUGGGAGGCCUGAGCUCUGACUUGGAGAAGAUCGGCGUACGAACCACAGCCAAAGGCCACUGCGCCUCCUGCAACAAAUGCAUUGUGGGAAAGAUGAUCACAGCGCUGGGCCAAGUGUGGCACCCUGAACACUUUGUGUGCGUGGCGUGUAAAGCCGAGCUGAGCACCACGGGCUUCUUUGAGAGGGAUGGGCGGCCGUACUGCGACAAAGACUACCAUCAGCUCUUCUCCCCACGAUGUGCGUACUGCAAGGGGCCAAUUUUGCAGAACAUCCUGACAGCUCUGGACCAGAACUGGCACCCGGAGCACUUCUUCUGUACGCACUGCGGAGGCCUGUUUGGACCAGAAGGGUUCCUGGAGAAGGAUGGGAAGCCGUAUUGUUGCAAGGACUUCUACCACCUCUUUGCUCCCAAGUGUUCGGGCUGUGGGGAGUCGGUGAGGGAGAACUACCUGACUGCAGCCAAUGGCACCUGGCAUCCAGAGUGCUUCGUCUGUGCGGACUGUCUGAAGCCCUUCACCGACGGCUGCUUCAUGGAGCUGGAUGGUCGACCCCUCUGCUCGCUGCACUUCCACUCCAGGCAGGGAACUCUGUGCGGCGGCUGUGGGAAGCCCAUCGUCGGCCGCUGCAUCUCCGCUAUGGAUCACAAGUUUCACCCCGAGCACUUUGUUUGUGCCUUCUGUCUGCGGCAGCUCAGCCAGGGCAUCUUCAAGGAGCAGAACGGGAAGCCGUACUGCUCGGCUUGUUUUAACAAACUCUUUGUGUGAGACGUUUACAAGACAAACCUUUCAAAUGCUGCAUCACUGUCACUGCUGAGCUUGUGAUUUUUUUUCACAGUUUCAAUGAUGAAUUAAAAUGAACCAACCGUG